GAGGGAAUAGAGUGAGGGCCAGGAGAGGGGAGGGGGCUGAGCGAGGACCGGGCUGCCCCCAGUUUUCUGGUUUACACUGGCUUUGCAUUUUCUUCCGGCCAUGAGUUUCCGCCGAGUGUGCCUGAAGGCCGGUACCAGCCCCACUCCCGCCUUAACCUUCCCGGUACAGAAGCUCACCUUCGCGACCAGCGACGAGGAGGACGGCGGCAACAGCACCGAGGACUCGGCCUUCCAAGAGUCGCCGGACCCCGAACGCAAGUACGGCGGGGGCGCCGAGCUCGGCCAGUGCGACGAGGAGCUGGAGCUGGGGAACCUGAGCUGGGAGGACGGCUUCGUGAGCAGCCCGUCCCCGCUGAAAUCCCGGAGGCAUUACCGGGAGCGCCGGGACCUGGAGGAAUCCUCCAGUUCCCCGAUCCGGGAAAGCGGCGAGAGGGAAGAAUGCAGCUCCCCGAUCCGAGAGGGCGGAGAGCAGGAGGAGUGCAGCUCCCCUAUCCCGGACUGCCCCGAUACACCACCUCAUAAAACACUCCGAAAACUGCGACUCUUCGAUACCCCGCACACCCCCAAGAGUUUGCUGUCCAAAGCAAGGGUUAGGAGUUUCCUGAGUUCCAGCUCAGUAAGACGCCGGGGAGGGGCCCUCUUCAGGAAUGUUGAGCAGUCUGAGAGAAUGCCAUGCGAUUACAACAGGAAUAAACCCCCACAUGUCAACAUUAACCCUUUCACUCCAGACUCCAUGUAUAUCCAUUCUUCGUCUGCACAGUGCCGAAGGAGGAAGAGGACAUAUUGGGAUGGGUUUCCAUGCAGAGAUAUGAUGGACGGAAGUGAUGGGGAGCUUGAUGAUGAAAGCAUUCGGCCAGCAAAGAGAAUCCCAAUCACUGAAAGUAAUAUGAAGUCACGAUAUACAACAGAAUUUCAUGAAUUGGAGAAGAUUGGAUCUGGAGAGUUUGGCUCGGUUUUUAAGUGUGUGAAGAGACUUGAUGGUUGUAUUUAUGCAAUAAAACGCUCAAAGAAACCAUUAGCAGGUUCAGUUGAUGAACAGAAUGCUCUAAGGGAAGUCUACGCACAUGCAGUGCUGGGACAGCACACCCAUGUAGUUCGUUAUUAUUCAGCCUGGGCUGAAGAUGACCAUAUGCUCAUACAAAAUGAAUACUGUAAUGGUGGAAGCCUAUCGGACGCAAUAGCUGAAAAUUACAAGAACCAACAGUAUUUUAAUGAACCAGAACUAAGAGACCUUUUAUUACAAGUUGCUCGGGGACUAAAAUAUAUUCACGGUAUGUCCCUAGUGCAUAUGGAUAUAAAGCCAAGUAACAUUUUUAUAUCCAAAAAAUUUGUUACUAAUUCGGCAGCAGAUGAGAUGGAUGAUGAUGACAGCAUAUUGUCAACAAAUAUUGUAUACAAAAUAGGUGACCUUGGACAUGUUACUCGUGUAUCCAAUCCUCAUGUCGAGGAGGGAGAUAGUCGUUUCUUGGCCAAUGAAGUACUGCAAGAGGAUUAUAGACAUUUGCUAAAAGCAGAUAUUUUUGCUCUUGCACUCACUGUUAUAUCUGCUGCUGGCGCAGAGCCAUUGCCAACUAAUGGGGAAAAAUGGCACGAAAUUCGCCGUGGAAAGCUUCCCACAAUUCCACAAACACACUCUCAGGAAUUUAUGGAUUUAUUGAAAUUGAUGCUCCAUCCAGAUCCAGAAAAACGACCUACUGCAAGUGCUUUAAUCAGACAUUCAGUGCUGCUUCCAACUGCAAGGAAGAGUGCAGAUCAACUUCGGUUGGAACUGAAUGCAGAAAAGUUCAAAAAUGCACUUUUGCAAAAAGAACUGAAGAAGGCACAGCUGGCAAAAGCAGCAGCAGAAGAGAGAGUGUUGUUCACAGACCGAAUGACAACCAGGUCUACCAUGCAAAGUAACAGAAGUACAAGGAUCAUUGGGAAAAAAAUCAACCGUUCUGUUAGCCUUACAAUAUAUUGAAACCUUAGAGGUGAAUGAGCUGAUUUUGUUUUUUCUAAACUGGGGAUUUUUUUGAGUUGUUGCCAGUUUAGUUACCACACAACUGUAGGACCCAUUGAGAAUAUGCUUGUGUCUAAAACUUGGUUAGGCUGUUGCAUUUCUGCUGCCUUUAUGGUCUUAACUUUUAUUUUUUUGAUUUUAGUGUCCAUUUUGAAUAAAGAGGACAAAGAUCGGAAUAUCGGGACAUUUUAUUGAGUGGUUCAUGCACUGUGAAUUCUGUAAAUCUGACUAGUUUCAGAUUUACAACUCACAUUGUGUACAUCGGGAGGAUGUAAUUGAACCAUGUUAUACAUUGUACUGGGAGCACUUUGUGGACAUUGGGAGUUCCAUGGCAGAUACCAUGGAUGAACUUGUCUUGGAAAAAUUGCUGCUAUAUUAGUCAUUGUACACUUGCUGUAAAAUUCAGUUAGCAUUAUAAACAAUCAUUGCUGUACUAGAAAUAGGCUUUUUUGGAGAAAAACUUUUAAUUAUGUGAAUUAAAUGAAAUAACAGUUGUUCACUGUUUACUGCUUGUUUGGAGCAGGUUUUUUUAUUAAGCUAGUGCAUUGUAGGGAUACUUUGCACCUUUUUUUGCAGUUUGUACUUUGUAUUUUUUUUAAAAUGUAAAUUGUGGUGGUUUGUCAUUUAACUGUCUUGUCCAAUAAAUUUGUGUACAUUUGUAAAUGUAA